ACCAUUCAGAAACCAUUAAAAUUGCAAAGGUGCAAAUGUGGAUUACUCUGGGUUAUGGAAAGACGCUCAUGUAAAGCUACAGCCCUAUAUUUGAGUUAUUUCAGCUUGGUGCAGUUAAAAAGAUUGUAUUUCCCUCCACAUCUCUGAACCUGCUAUUACAGACUUUACGGUAACGCUCUAUCCUAUACGGAGCCAACAUGGCCGCUUACUGGUAGCUGUUUCGUUUCUGACGUCCGUGUUGACAUUUACGGAUUUUAAGAUCAUUUGCAUGUGGAAAUAUGUUCAUGAAUACUUGCUUUAGUAUGGAAGGUUGUCGUAUUGCUCGAAUUUUGCGUAGGCGAUUCUCGCUUAAUAAAAAAGCGGGUGGACAUGCAUUAACCACAGGAUCACACACUGGUACUCUGGUGAGAAGACACAUUCCCUUCUGUAGUCACUUCUCCACAGGGACUCUAACUACAGACAGCACUGCCCUAACAUACAGGAGUCAUGGGGAUCCCUCAGAAGUCGUUCAGUUGGAGACUCUGAAGCUUCCUGCUCUGCAAGCUAAAAAUGUCCUUGUGAAAAUGCUUGCAGCUCCCAUCAACCCUUCUGAUAUAAACAUGAUCCAAGGCACCUAUGCGAUACUUCCUGAUCUUCCGGCAGUAGGUGGAAAUGAAGGAGUGGGGCAGGUCUUAGAAGUCGGUAGUCAUGUAAACACAAUCAGAGUGGGUGACUGGGUAAUUCCCAGGGAUGCUGGUUUAGGCACUUGGCGUACAGCAGCAGUUUACAGCGAGGAUGAUUUGGUCUCGCUGCCCACUGAUAUCCCUCUCCUUUCAGCAGCCACUCUUGGAGUCAACCCAUGCACUGCAUACCGAAUGCUCUUUGACUUUGAAAACCUCAAACCAGGAGACACAGUCAUCCAGAAUGCAGCUAACAGUGGAGUCGGACAGGCUGUGAUCCAGAUAGCUGCAGCAAAGGGUGUUCAAAGUAUUAAUGUAGUUAGAGACAGACCGGACCUGCAACAGCUGACUGACAGACUAAAGGCAAUUGGAGCUACACAUGUGAUUAAGGAGGAGGCACUCAGAAAGCCAGAAAUAAAGGAACUAUUUAAGUCUUGUUCUAGACCUAAACUGGCUCUAAAUGGAGUAGGAGGAAGAAGUGCUACAGAACUGCUGCGUCAUUUGCAGAGAGGGGGCACCAUGGUUACAUAUGGAGGGAUGGCCAAGCAACCAGUAACAGUGCCUGUGAGUGUCCUUAUUUUUAGGGAUGUGAAACUACGAGGCUUUUGGGUCACACAGUGGAAAAAAGACAACAAACACAAUGAGAAGGCUUUGCGGGUCAUGUUGGAGGAGCUUUGCAGCCUCAUUCGAGAUGGAAAUCUUUCGACCCCGGCCUGCACUGAAGUGAAUAUUCAGGACUUCCAAAAAGCUUUGGACAAUGCUAUGAAGCCAUUUAUCUCCUCUAAACAGAUUUUGGUCAUGUAAUGUCAAGUAAUUGUUUUAUCCAAUGUUUGUUUCUGUUAGAAGUCAUAAAAGAAUUAUUAAAAAGUAAUUUCACAAA